AUGAGAGGAGAUAGGGAGAAAGUGGAGUGGAGAAAGUUGAUAUGGUCCAACUAUGGUGCACCAAAGUGGUUGUUCAUACUGUAUUUAGCUCUAAAUAGGAGGUUGUCAACGAAAGAUAGAAUGGCAAAAUGGGGAGUAACAUCUAAUUUGACAUGUCCCUUAUGUCAAGUGGAGGAUGAGGAUAUCGAUCACCUUUUUUUUGCAUGCAUGUUCACUGCUGGAAUAUGGAAGAAGCUGCUAGCUUGGCAAGGAAUACAACGUACAGGAGGGAAGUGGCAUGAAGAAGUACAAUGGGUAACAACACAUAUGAAGAGCAACACUAGCAAAGCCAAUGUGUAUAGGAUGGUUAUGGCAGGAACCAUCUAUCAUGUGUGGAUAGAGCGCAACAACAGAAUCUUUCAGUUCAAACAGAGAAAUGAGGAGUUCAUGAUUAGACACAUCAUUAGAGAUGUACAUGGAAGAGGAACCCAUUAUGGGAAGAUAGGCAACAGACUUCAAGAACUCAAUGUAUACCCUUAG